AAACCGGAAGUAGGAAGCCAAGGAGAGUUUGACAGUUUAUUUACCAGUUUAUUUAAAUGUACAUUGUAACGUUAGCAUAGCUAUUUGUAAAAAGAAUACAGUAACUUUAGAUUAAAUAUUCUCAGGUGUUGGUAUUUCCCAGCCUACACCCAACGAGACGCGAGGUUACGACCAACAACAUUGGCAGUCAUCAUAAGUUAAAACUAAACUAGAUGUAUAUCUAAUUUAUCAGUUAGCUAGCUAGCUCAGGGAUUGAGUUACAAUGGAAGAGGUAGUCAUCUGAACGUGUGCUAGCCACAUCGCUUUUCUGCUCUGCAAACUGCUCGUUUGUUGCUAUACCAAAUGGACUCUGAAGACCCGUCCAGUUCGUCUUCAUCCUGCACCACUGAACCCCAACCCACUGUGUCCGGUGACCAGGAGGACAGUAUCCAUGGUGAUCAGAAAGACACACCGCAGGGUCAGGAGAGGGUUACUGUGAGUCUGGACAUCAACAGUGAAACACCAACAUUUAAUAUCGUAGUCAAAGAAGAAGAAGACUGGGAACUAGAUAAUACAGGAGAGAGUCCCAGCCAUCACUCUGCAGCCGGGGAGAGACCCUCUACAUCAGGAGAACCUGAACAACACCAGAUAAAACGCAGAACGAGGCAGAAAAAGACCCACCCAUGCCCAGAUUGUGGGAAACACUGCCAGACAUUAUCGGCACUACAAAUACACAUGAGAACCCACACAGGAGAGAAGCCUUAUACCUGCUCUGAGUGUGGGAGAGGCUUCACUCAUCAAUGUAGUUUGAGAUACCACCACCAGAAGAAACAUUCUGAACAGAUUAAAACAGACCCGGAUGACAAGAUUGGCUGCUGUUGUGGACAAGAGUUCUCUUCAAAGAAUGUUCUGGAGGUUCACUUGAAGACAAACACUGGAGACAAGCCUUACACCUGCUGUGUGUGUGAGAAGACCUUUACUCAUAAAGCAUUACUGAAAGUACACCAGCGAUCCCACACAGGAGAGAAGCCUUUCUCUUGCGCUCUGUGUGAGAAGAGUUUUACUCAAAAAGGAAAUUUGACAACGCACGAGAAGUCGCACGCUGGAGAGAAACAUCCUUGCUCAGUCUGUGGAAAGAGUUUCACUCAGAAAGGCUAUCUGAAGAUUCAUCAGCGGCUUCACUGUUCUGAAGGGGAGUUGAGUCCCUCUGCAUCAAGAGAACUUGAACACCGACAGAGGAGAGCUAAGGAGACUCACAGAUGCCCAGACUGUGGGAAGGAGUUCCCUCAAACAUAUUACCUGGACAGACACAUGAGAACACACACAGGAGAAAAGCCUUACCAGUGCUCUGUGUGUGGGAUGAGUUUCACGCAGAAAGGAAAUUUAAAAACGCAUCAGAAAGUGCACACAGGAGAUUAUCCCAGCUCCUGGUCCACUGGUGAGGGGAGUCCCUGUACAUCGGGAGAAGCUGAACAACACCAGGAGAACCACACGACCGUCACAUCUCACGGCUGCCUAGUGUGUGGCGAGGAAUACACUAACCUCCCAGAACUACACAAACACAUGAGAUCUCACUCGGGAGAAAAGCGUCUCAUCUGCCCUGUGUGUGGCAAGACUUACCCCAGAGAAUUUGACCUCAAAGUCCACCUCAGAACACAUACAGGAGAGAAACCCCACGAGUGCAUCGAAUGCGGCAAGAGCUUUGUCCGUAAACAAGGGCUCCGGCAGCACCAGCGGACACAUGAUGCCAAGCCCAUCGGACCGACCCGCCAGUUAGGCAGGCCAAAGCAGUUGGCCACCAUGGACAGGCCAAAGCAGUUAACCAGGGCUCAGAUGUCCAAGAAAGUGCCUAAGAUGGAGAGUGAUACAGAGAUGCAGGACUGCCAAUACUAUGACAAUUAACCACGACUUUGUCUCUUAGUAGGUAGAGUUCUUCUUCUCGCUGAAGCUGUGUCUGUGUUGUCGCCAUCUCUGAUCAGUAAGAUAAUCAUGCUAACUCUCACUCAUCUCAUCAAUCAACAUAUGAUCAACAAAAAGGGGGGGGGAGGUGUCUUUUUUGUUAAUUUUUCAUCAAUGCUGUGAUGGUGCUAAGAAAUCAACCGUGACUUGUAGCCCACUUGUGAAAUGUUCCUCACUGAGAAUAACCACGUCAUGAUUAAUAAAGUAGCAUUCUGGUUAUGA